AUGAAAUAUUUUAAUUAUGUAAUAUAUGUAUUGAUAAGGUAUCGAAGGAGAACCAAAGAGGCUAUUUUGAGUGUUGAGGUAUUCUUUUCAGCUUUGUGGCAUACUCACGUCGUUGUGCUACCUCUUCACGAGUUUCGUUUCACUUUCUGUUAUGCUGGAUUGUUCGGCUUUUCCAUAUCGUCAUAUAUUUGUCUAACAAGUGUUAUUCUUGUCGAUUUGCUCGGUUUGGACAAACUCACAAACGCCUUUGGACUUCUUCUGCUCUGGCAGGGUGUGGGAACCGUAUUUGGGCCUCCCAUAUCUGGAUAUCUUGCUGACAUCACACAUUCCUAUGUGUGGUCAUUUGUGUUCUGCGGUGCCAAUUUGUUGGUAAGUUGUAGUCUUCUCCAAUUGCCAAUUGUU